AUGCCAGCUGAAGGUACCUCAGCUGAGACUUUGCUUGCUGGUGUGUCCUUCUUGGAUGCUGGCGGUGUGAAGCUGGAGGAUUUGGGAGAGGAAGCGCAGAAAGAAUUGGAUGAGCUAGAGCGUGCACGGAUGAGGCAGCAAGCCACUCCACAAGCGAAGGUGGUGGAGCAUGUAGAUGGGGCUCCAGAGGCUUCACCUGUGCGUGUGCCUGAAGAUUCGCACCCAGCGGUUCCGUCGCCUGACCAUACGCCUCCAGCAGAUGAGUUGCCAGCGCCGGAGGUCCCUCUUUAUCAGGUGUAUGAGCCUGUUUCUCAAUCUCAGCAAGAUGGUGAUGGCGACCGUCAGCCGAAUGUACAGCCAUAUGAGAUCUAUUGGAGCGAAGAGGAACUCUUCCGAGUUGAGGACGUCACGGACAGUGCGUCGAUUUGGGGUGCGGAAACUAUUCCAGGCAGUCUUGAGAAUCUGGGACCUGACCGCCCGACCUCUGAGCUGUUUGAGGGUGAGGUGACCGAGCAGAUGCUUUUUGGUGAACAUGACGCUGCGACGGUGGAUGAGUACAUGCUUCCUGAAGACGAUGAGGGAAGUGAUGUUCAUGGCUAUUUGGCCGAACUCAUUGGCGCAAUGCGGUCACCUUCAAAGGUUGAUGUGGAGGACAUGCCCCAGCACACCAAAGAAGAUAAGAAGGAAAAGGCUCGGCUGGAUGCCACUCUUCGGAGAAUGUGCACCCCAAAGGCUGAUGGCUCGGUGGACGUUCCAAAGGAGAUCUAUGAGAAGUACCUUGACAAAGGACGGGGCCGUGAUGAGCUGCGAGAACUUUUAAAGAAGUGCAAC